AUGUUCAAAACCCUUUAAAAUCAGCGGGUCAAUAUCUACAUUCAAGGACAUGUGGGAUCACCCAGAGUUCUAUUACGAUCCCAACGCAGUAUCAGAAAACUUUAAGCACGGAAUGAAGCAAAUAGUGGUGGAUCCUCGCCAGAAAAAACGAAAAUUAAACUCGAGUCUAUCAGCUGCAGAAGGUGCGGUUGUUGGCACUGGUGCAAAUGGAUCAAGCCAAACCAUGUCAGCACAAAAUGUAUAUACACAGGAAUGGGCAAGUCAACAGACGGAUAUGGGUGGACCAUCAUCGGUAUCGUUGUUUGAAGCUUUGGAGAAAUCAAUGUCACAACCUGCUGCACCUAUGAUUCUUUCAACAAUGAAUGCAAGAUCUACUCAGGCGGAAUCCAACUCGCAGCCUAAUGCAAGCAAUUCAAAUAACCUUGCCGUUGGUGGUAGUAGGGUUUCUGGAACGAGCGCAUCGCAAAACACAGCACUUGAUCAGAGAAUAUCGAAAUCACAAACUACACUAAAGCAUGGUUUUGGCAAUUCUCAGACGCCCAGCUCGGCCAAAAAACAAAAAAAGUCGCGUACAAAAGGAUUUUAGAAUAUCGAAUUGUCUUUACAGCGUAUUCAUGUCAAACGAAACACCUUUGUAUUACUUUUGCAGCCAUCUUUUCUAUUUUUGAAAUACGCAAUGUACUCUAAAAUCUUAGAUAUGCUUGUGUUCUAGUUCAAGAAAAUAAAGAUUGGAAUCUCAAGAAU